GCUAUUCAUAUAUCGGUAUACACCGCACAACCAACGGAUUAAAGUGAAUACCCGCAUUCACCACAAGCAAUUAAUAUCACCGAACGUCGCAGGCGAGGAUACGAGUAUAUCUACCACUAAACCAACAGCAACAACACGUCUGGUUGUAUUCUAUCGUCUCAUAGAUACAUAAAUAUAUUUGAUAUUAGACAACAUUCAGCUGGUAUCCGAUAAAAGUUUGGAACUGGUAUUGUAAUCGAAGAAGCAACAUGUUGUCACCGCUGGGGCUGUAUGCAUGCUGCAUGUGCACGUCAAUCUUAACCAUUGCCAGGUUUGCUUCAAGUUCUUAUCUUGGCGUUGAGACACUCCAGUGCGAUACCGAUUUCGACCGAAAUUCGACGACGACGACGACCACGACGGCGUACUACGAUGAGAGAGAACAACCACUGACGAUAUGCCAUGGACAAGCUAGCAAUGAAGCAGGGGAGAAACAUCAGCUCCAUAUUUUCGAAGUGGAGGAGACGAUCUACGCGCCCAAUGACUUAUCUUUGGCGGGCGGCGUCGGGGUGAUGACUGCUGUCGUAAGAACAAGUUAUCUUUCGUCUCCAAGCAGGGUGGCGUUCGUCGUAACAAAACAUGCCGUUAAUCUAGACGUGUUCAUCGAAGGGGACGGAGGUCUAAAGGAAAUCUAUCUGAUAACGCCCUGGAAAACAAAGAGCAGUGUGUCCGUCACCAGCAUCACACCUACCCCUCGGAUUAUCCAACUUGACUGCAGUGAUAUUACGACCCCGUCAACCAAAUUACUCUAUUCUACAACGAGUCGAUGUGAAAGGGAACAAAUUUACCGCUACUUUUACGCCACUUUAAACACCGUGACGACCGUUACACAAACUGAACGCGCGGAUGAAUGGAUAAUUGAUAUGAGAUGACGCGUUUUUUUCUUUUUCUUUGUUCUUACAAAGCAAUAUUUGAAGUAAAUCGAUCAUUAUUUUAUUGAAACUACCAAUAUGUCAUGUCAUCGGUCACGG